AUGACUGAGACAAACAUAGCCACUGCUAUUCUAGAUGAAAAGAGGCCAAACAGCUAUCAGAUUGUAUACCCGACAGAUGAGUGUGUAAAAGGGGAGUGCAACUUAGAUCCUGCGGAUGUGGGUCUUUCUUACAGCCGUAUGCAAGAGUUAAACAUAUUUCAGUACGAUGUUAUUCUUAUAAAGGGUAAGAAGAGAAAGGAGUCUCUUUUUAUGGUUAAGAAAAUGGACAUACCUGAUGACAAGUUGGUUUUGCUUCGUGAGGGGUGUGAAAACUUGUGCUCUAGAGUUGGGGACUUUGUUAAGUUGUAUGAGCUUACAGACGACACGAUUACUGUAGAGAAGGCCACAAUUCUACCUGUGAAAGAGGAUUUAGAGGGUGUGGAGAUUGAUGUGUAUAAUGACUUGCUGAAAGGAUACUUUGAAAAGGCUGUUAGACCUAUCCAUGUAAAUGAUACAAUUACAAUUAGAAGCAACAGGGUGUUUAGAUUUAAGGUUACUCAAGUGAAGGCAGGAGAGUAUUGCUAUGGAAAAGUAGGACAGGACACUGAGAUAUUCUGUUCAGGCGAGGUGACUGAGGAGGAAUUACUGGCUGAUAAAAACAUGAUAGGAUAUGAUGAUAUUGGAGGAUGCCGAAAACAAAUGGCAAAAAUACGUGAACUAGUUGAUCUUCCACUCAGGCAUCCAAUUCUAUUUCAAAAAUUAGGAGCCAAGCCACCGCGAGGAAUUCUUAUGCACGGCCCUCCGGGGACUGGUAAAACCAUGAUUGCCCGGGCUGUUGCAAACGAGUCUGGAGCCUUCUUCUUCCUUAUAAAUGGGCCUGAGAUUAUGUCUAAACUUUCUGGUGAGAGUGAAAACAACCUGAGAAAGGCAUUUAAAGAGGCAGAGAAAAAUAGUCCUAGCAUUAUUUUCAUUGAUGAAAUCGAUGCCAUUGCACCAAAAAGAGAUAAAAGUCAGGGUGAAGUUGAGAAAAGAGUGGUAAGUCAGCUGCUCACUCUUAUGGAUGGUCUAAACUCUCGAUCUACAGUAAUUGUGAUUGGGGCAACCAACAGGCCAAACAGCAUUGAUCCAGCACUCAGAAGAUUUGGUAGAUUUGAUAGAGAGCUUGAAAUAGGAAUACCAGAUUUCGCUGGCAGACUUGAAAUAAUGAGAAUACAUACAAAGAACAUUCUUAUUGCCCCUGAGACUGACAUUGAGAAGAUUGCAAAGGACACGCAUGGUUACACGGGAAGUGACUUGGCUUCUUUGUGUUCAGAGGCAGCUCUUCAGCAGAUUAGAGAGAAAAUGCAUUUGUUUGACUUGGACAGCGACGUGCUAGACAUUAAUGUGCUAAACUCUCUGGCAGUCACACAGAAAAACUUUGAGUAUGCACUGCAACACACCGAUCCCAGCUCUCUUAGAGAAACUGUUCUUGAGGCUCCUAACAUCAAAUGGGAGGAUGUGGGUGGCUUAGAGCACGUCAAGACAGAGCUUAAGGAGAUGGUGCAGUAUCCUGUAGAAUAUCCCGAUCUUUACAGAGAGUUUGGCAUGAGCCCUUCUCGUGGAGUCCUUUUCUAUGGACCUCCUGGAUGUGGUAAAACCCUUUUAGCCAAAGCUGUGGCCAGCCAGUGUAAUGCAAACUUUGUUUCCAUCAAGGGGCCAGAACUGCUUACCAUGUGGGUUGGUGAAAGUGAAGCAAAUCUUCGUGAAAUAUUUGACAAGGCUCGUGCAGCAGCCCCGUGUGUUCUCUUUUUCGAUGAAAUUGACUCAAUUGCUAAGGCUCGUGCUGGUGCAGGAGACAGAUCUAGUGGCGGUGCUACACAAAUACUGAACCAAAUGCUGAUUGAAAUGGAUGGAAUGAACACAAAGAAGAAUGUGUUUGUAAUCGGAGCAACUAACAGGCCUGAUGUGAUUGAACCUGCUCUCUUGCGACCAGGAAGGCUUGAUCAGCUGAUAUACAUUCCACUUCCAGAUGAAGAAAGCAGAUACUCCAUCCUUAAAGCAAACCUGCAGAAGGCCCCUCUUGAUGAAUCUGUAAAUCUUAAGGAAAUUGCUGCAAAAACUAUUGGGUUCUCUGGUGCUGAUCUUACAGAAAUCUGCCAAACUGCUUGUAAGUUUGCAAUUAAAAAGAGAAUCGAAGAAGAAAUUGCUCUAAAAAAGAGCAAAAUGGAAAUAGCAGAUGUGUCCACUCCAGAAGGAAAUGAAGGUACAGCAAAUGAUAAAGAGGCAGAAGCUCCCAGCAAAACUGUCUUUGUUACUUCCGAGCACUUCAAAAAGGCCCUAGAAAGAGCAAGAAGAAGUGUAAGUGAAGAAGAAGAAAGGCGAUAUGAAGGAUUCCAAAACAAGUAUAAAGGAGGCCUUGGCGAUAGUGCUCUUGACGAUGAAACUGGCCUGUAUGAUUAAAUGAUCUGGGA